GUUACAAUUGAUAAACCUCAAAGUCAUAUUCUGAUUCGGAAUUAUCAUAUUUGUCAGAUCGACUAUUAAAUAUGUAAUGUCUUUUAUAUUUGAAACAAAUAUAAAUAGAUAUUAUAAUUUGUGAUGACAAUAUUUACAUAGACUUAUAGUUUAACUUUUGCCAUUGUUAUUAUUCCUCUAAACUUCUACGGUUCUGUGAUCUUUUUGCUCGUACUUAUUAUGCACGUUACCACCGGCAACUCCAGCAAUUGAAAAGUAAUAAACAAACAUUGUUUGAAUCUAUGAAAAUAAAUUUUAGUGUAUAAAAUUAUAUCAGGUUAUUAAAGUCUAUUAGUCGCGAUGGCUGACGACGAAGCACCUUCGGACAGCAGUCUCUUGGUGAUAGUGGUUGACACAAAUCCAAACCAGCGCUACAUUACAGAGGACCCCAAAGUGUUAACAGGUUGCCUUGAUGCUGUAAUCGCAUUUGCAAACUCACACCUAAUGCAAAAAUCUAGUAAUCUGCUAGCUGUUAUUGGGUGUCAUUUUCAUAAAAGUGAAUACCUAUAUCCAUCUCCUGGUAAACCAUUGGAUGUAAGACAAAUUGAUGGACAGUAUGAAUUGUUUACUUUAGUGGAAAAAACAAUUAAAAUGAGAUUAGUAAAUUUAAUAAAAAGUCAACCACAGGAAGACAAGCCUGGGGAGUCGUUACUUGCAGGGGCUCUAGCUAUGGGACUCUGUUUUAUAUCAAGGUUGCGUCGGGAGGCCGCGCCGGGCAUACGAAUGAGUAGCCGGAUCCUCAUAGUGACUGGCAGUUCCGACACUGCGGCACAAUACAUCAACUACAUGAAUGUAUUCUUCACUGCACAGAAACAACAAGUACUAAUAGAUGUGUGUUCACUGGACAAACAUCUCAGUUUAUUGCAGCAAGGAUGCGACAUAACUGGUGGUCUAUACCUGAAAGUACCCUCCUUGGAAGGUCUUUUACAGUAUUUAUUGUGGGUGUUUCUGCCGGAUGCGUCAGAACGCGGCCAACUCGUACUGCCGGGACGCGGCCGGGUGGACUACCGCGCCGCUUGCUUCUGUCACAGGGAACUACUGACCAUCGGAUACGUAUGCUCUGUCUGCCUAAGUGUAUUCUGCAAAUUCAGUCCAAUAUGCACAACUUGUCAUACGGUGUUCAAAACAGCAGGUCCCCUCCCUAUCAAACCGAAAAAGAAGAAAAUGAAGGUGUAAUCUUAAAUAACUGGUGUGUAAAUAC